AAAACCCUGCUCACCUUCACCCCGCCCAAAGGAAGAAGAAAGAAAGAGAGAGAUAUCUCCUACAGAAUUUGAAAAAAUUAGAAGAUCGGAAGCUUUGAUUCUUCAGAUUUCGAGUCCGGAUUUAAUCUUUUGACAAAAAUCAUGUCGGCGUCGACGGAUUUCUCAGAAACGGGGAGGUUUUCCGGCCGGAAAUCGCCAGAGAAGUCGAAUUUCAAGCAAACUUGCAGUCUUUUGAGCCAGUACAUGAAAGAGAAGGGGAGUAUCGGAGAUCUGAGCCUUGGAAUGAGUUGCAAUCUGGAAGGGAAAGGAAAUCCCGAAACGCUUCGUCCCGCUACGAUGAAUUUACUCCCGGGAAUGGAAAUGUCGGGAGAAGUUUCGGACCGAAACGCGAUGGAUCUGUUUCCUCAGCACGCCGGUUUCGGCCCUUCCGUUACGACAGAAGACGCACGGAAGAUAAGCCACACGAGACCUUCGAAUGUACCCGAAACGGCGCAAAUGACGAUAUUUUAUGGUGGAAAAGUGCUGGUUUUCAACGAUUUUCCGGCCGAUAAGGCGAGGGAAGUCAUGCUCAUGGCCAGCAAAGGAACCGUCCCGAAUCCCAGCGCAGCUUCUACUCCUGGCAUCGAACUCGGAAACCGCCCGCAGCAACAUAACACCAGCUUCGCUUCGGCUUCCGCUACAUCCAACGGUUCGUUGCAGGAUCGUCUUCCACGGCCACCUCAAGCCAAUACUUCAGAUCUGCCGAUCGCAAGAAAGGUAUCACUCCACCGGUUUCUGGAGAAGAGGAAAGAAAGGAUCAGUGCAAAAGCUCCCUACCAAAUGAGCAAGCCGUCUGCGACUCCAGUGAAGCCUACUGAAAACAAGCCAUGGCUCGGCUUGGCUCCUCAACCCAGCUGAGCGUAGCUGGAACUGUAACCAUUUUCGCAUCUCUACCACAACAACUUUGAGUCGUCAUCUCUCCCGACGACUCGUUCGACUCGGAGAAACGAGUCUCGGACUCGGCAUCUGCUCAUGCACGUGUAAAGCAUGUACUCGUAUUCUUUCAGAUAUUGUUUAUUCGAGAUGUGAUUUCUUCUAUUGUAGACAAAAGGUGGUGAGUCACCCACCACCCAUUUUUAUAGGAAAGCCGUAUACGACGAAGACAUUUUUCUUCUGUAUAAUCGUGUUCGACGCCUAGUAGUGGAAAACUAUUCGUAUCAA